UCUUCAAUGCAAUUCCGAAUUUUUCACAUCAUUCGAUCAUUAAAUUCAUCGCAAUGACGGGACGAAUGAUAUUACAAGCAUUCAAUGACUACCAAAUCGCCCGUUUGACAUUCGUAAAAACAAUAUCAGACUUGGCAUCGAGACCUGAGAAUAUAAAUGCCCUGGAAUUAGCUGGAGUUCUGAACCUCCUGGAGCCGCUUCUCACUGACAAAAAUCCCUCGGUCCAGCAGCACGCAGUGAUAGCCCUAGGAAGACUAGUCAAUUUCAAUGUUCGCCUUGCCGAGGACGUAAUCAAAAGAAACGUGAUAACAGGGUUGAUUAAAAAUAUCGAUAAGCAAAACAAAUUCUUGAAAAAAGCUGUUCUCUUUGUGUUACGAGCUGUAUCGAAACACUCGAUGGAGAUGGCCAGAGGGGUGGUGGAGGCUGGGGGAUUGAAGACUAUUAUUAUUUGUCUGGAUGAUUUUGAUUCCGGAGUGAAGGAAGCGGCUGCUUGGGCCACCGGAUAUAUUGCAAGACACGAUAAGAGUCUUUCUGAAAUCGUGGCAAAUGCUGGUGCAAUUCCCCUGCUCGUCCUGUGCCUCCAGGAGUCUGAUAUCUGCCUGAAGCAGAUAAGUGCAUCCGCCCUCUGCGACAUCAGCAAGCACUCGGAGAAUUUGGCUCAAUUGGUGAUCAACUCCGGGGCAAUAUCCUUUUUGGCUCGAUCAAUCCAGAAUUCUGAUGGUAAAUUGAAGAGACAGGCACUCCAUGCCCUCGCCAACAUCAGCAGACACUCGACAGAACUAGCAGAAGCUGUCGUUGAAGCUGAUAUAUUUCCCCAAGUUCUGGUACACCUGGGGCACGACGACGAGAACGUGGGAAAAGCCGCAGCUGUUCUCGUACGAGAAAUCAUAAAACACAGUCAAGAAUUAUCGCAAUUGGUUGUUAAUACUGGUGGAAUUGAAUCUCUCAUUAAAUUCCUGGAGAACACGAAAUCAUCGACGAGACUUCCUGGUGUGGUGGCUCUUGGCUACAUGGCAGGUCAUUCAGCUCAGAGUGCCAUCAUGAUCGCGAGCUCUGGGGGAAUUUCUCAGCUGUCAUUAAUUCUUAAUGAGGAAAAUGAUCCUUCGAUUAUUUCCAUUGCUAUCUGGGCACUGGGGCAGAUUGGAAAACACAGCCAGGAACAUGCAGAAGCUGUCGCUGCCACCAACAUCUUCCCCAAGCUUCUUCAGCUUUACAGAUCCAACGACAGCUCUGAGGACUUGAAACUGAAAAUAAAAUUCACUUUGAAGAGCAUUUUGAGUCGAUGCCAGGAUAUCGAGUUCCUGGAGCCGUUCCUCCAGGUCACCCACCCAGAUAUCCUCAAGUACACUUUGGAGCAGUUGAGUAAGAUUCUCCCCGAGGACCCGAAGGCCAGGAGACUCUUCGUGUCCAUGGGAGGUCUCAGGAAAAUCCAGGAAGUCGACCUGGACCCUGGGUCAACCCUUUCCCAGUACCAGGCGAUCAUUUUGUCGUGUUUCCCCGAGGAAAUCGUCAGGUAUUUCUCCCCUGGAUACCCCGAUACAAUCCUAGCGAUCGUCGAUACGUACAAACCGAAAUUACCGCCGAAUAUUGAAGAGUUCAAUCGAAAGAGAUCAUCAGAAAAAUCCAUCAGCUCUGCGUUGUCCCUGAAUGGCGAGAAAUAUUAAUGAACCGAUAAAAAAAAAAUGACUGACUUAAAAAAAACAUGAAAAAACUAAUAAUAAUAAAUAAUA